AUGAUACACGAUGAUGGUGGAUUUACACCAGCUCAAAAAUUCUACUAUUUACGGUCAAGUGUUAGUGGCCAGGCGUUAGACCUUAUCAAGUCGGUUCCAAUGACAGAUACAAAUUAUGAGGUGGCAAUAGAACGCCUGAAACAACGGUAUGAUAAUCGCAGUCUUGUCAUUCAGUCACAUAUUCGAUCUCUCCUGGAAUCUCCAUAUGUAGAACAGCCGAGGGCUAAAGACCUGCAAGCUCUACAUGCCCAUGUAAGCACCCAUGUUGCAGCUUUAAAGGCGCUUGAUCAGCCAACGGAGCACUGGGAUGCGUGGCUAGUAACGAUAAUCGUCAGUCGUUUGGAUUCUGCUACUAGUCAUGCCAGUCGAUGUAUAGCUUUCGAGUCUUCCGAAGCAACUUCUGGACCAAUAAGAGAUAUCAGAACUACAUUGGCCGGUGAAACAGCAAAAAAGAGCAAUGCCAAAAAUGUAUUUCCUGAGACAAAGCGAUCUUUAGUGGCAUCAUCCAAUACAGUAUCCUGUAAAUACUGCACUGAUGCUCAUAAAUUGUAUCACUACGAGAAGUUCAAGGCCGCUACUAUAAACACACGUCUCUCAUUUGUUCAGGAAAAACGAAUGUGUUUCAACUGUUUGACUCCUGGGCAUAUGGCAAAUGUUUGCAGAUCCACUUAUAGUUUUCGGACGUGCAACCGCAAACAUCAUUCGUUAUUACAUCAAGAAAGGCAGCAACAAAUACCAGAGAAGGAGCAGCUUGAAAAUAAGCAACCUGAUAUAACAUUAGUCAUGGUUCAGGACAAAAAUGGUGGACAUCGACAGUGCAGAGCCAGCUUGGAUAGUGGCUCUCAAGUCAACUUCGUUUCAAAGAGUUAUGCAAACUUACUGCAGCUAGCAUGUAAGAAGUCUUCAUUGCCAAUAAGUGGUAUUGGAGACAAUCGUUUAAAGGCAAGGUCGUGCAACUUUCACCGUCCUCAAAGUGUUGACCUACUUAUUGGAGGUGGCUCGUUCUUCGACAUUUUGGGAACAACAAAAAUACCAUUGAAUAUAGGUUCAGUCACGCUUUAUGAGAGUAACUUUGGAUGGCUUGUAACGGGAGAACUGCCUAAACGCCAAACACCAACACUUUUGUCAAUUGGACAGACGAUAGAGGAGGAUUGGAAGGUUCUCGGAAUCGUUGAGGAUACAAGCUAUGGUCGAACAUCAAGGGCGAAUAAGAGAAAUCAAGAAGAGCUAGAAACAGUGCAACAUUUUAAGCAACACACAAUACGUGAUGAGGAAGGGCGUUUUGUUGUACGACUUCCCAUCAAGGAGACAAUCAGUGAAAUAGGCGAAACCUUACCUAUGGCGAUCGCACGAUUCUUAAAUGUAGAGAAAAGAUUGCAGCAUGACGAACACCUGAAGAACGAUUUAUGA